AACACAUUCUCACACAACACACUCGUAAACUUGUGUAUUGAGUGUCACUAGAGAAAACACCUACCAUACUACCACACCUAGUUGUAAUGUCACUAGAAGGUGACCAAGAGGGAGAAGACACAAGGUCAAAUCCUACCAUACUACCACACCUAGUUGUAAUGUCACUAGAAGGUGACAAAGGAAGAGAACACCAGCUUCCACACAAGGUCUAAAUCCUACUGUAAUGUUCCUAUAGGCGAUCGUUGAGAAAUAACGAGUUUCAUGUCCUACUAAAACAACUGAACAUGGGAACCACCAGAUUACUAUCCGUAAAACCGUACUAUCAUCAGAAUUGGGAGUACAUUACACAAAAGAGGGUGUUUUGUAACAUGAUGUGUGGAGAAGAGAUACAUUGGAAUGCAGUGUGACCCAAUUAGUGUGCCACGGAAGGAACUAUUAAUGCUAUUCUCUGCCUGACCUAACUCGGAAAGAAUUCCAUCAAUCUGGCAGUAUCAACCACACCACGAGAGGGGGAAUAGCCAUGUCCAUCUCCACAUGUCAUCGCCAGGAUCAAUCUCUUUGUUCCUCCCCCCCCUCUCUCUUCGUCUGCAUGUGACUCAAUGUCUCGAUUUUAUCAGCACAGAGCGGCCCCCUUGGGAAAGAAAAGCAGAGAAUUACAUCAUCAUCUCCAUAGUGUGGGUCAAAGUUGCUUCUGAUUUAUGCACUUCUCGAAUUCCCCCACCCAUCUUUUCUCUCUCCUCUUCCUCUCUCCGUGUACAACUGGAACAAAGACUGUAA